AUGGAGCGGCGGGGCGGGGUGGAGGCCUGCCUCGAGGCUUGCCGCGCGGCGGCCCGGACGCUCUCCCUCCAUGCCACCGCGGCCGCCCUCACCCUGCGCGAUACCUUCUGCGCCGAGGCGCUCUCGCGCUAUGUCGCUUACAUCCUCGCGCGGGGGGCCAUUUACGCGUCCAGUGGCGGCGACGUCGCGGCCUGUGUGGGGUUGCUUGAGGAGGCCCUCGGGAUCCGCGCUGCUGAGGCCUUCGCGCUGCUCCCCAAAGCACGUGAGAACCUCACGUUGAUGUUGAUCUGCGCCAAACAGCCAGGGGCCCUAGAGCGGUUGGAGUCCCUCCCGCUGGCCUCGAUUUCCGAUCACGUCUGGACCUUUGGCAGCGACUUCCCCAGCGUGAUCCAGGAAUUGGGCAGCCAACUUCUGACCAGGCAGCUGGAGCUCAUCAACGGCUGCCAACACAGCCUACACAACCCGCACAUGCUCCACGAGAUGAAAUCAGCCGCUCAACUUUCCCUGCUUCGAGUUUUCUCCGUUCGCAUUCAGUAUGUGGAGCAGAUUAUCAAAAAGUCGGUUUCGGAUUCGGAGAUGAGCCAGACCGUGCUAUGGAGUGAGUAUAUUCGUUGCAUUGGUGAUUUUGAUAGCACACAGCUUGCUACUGCGGCGGCCCUUCAGAUUUUAGGAGACGAAACGGAAACACCCGUCUGCUGUGUUUUGACGGUUUUGUUGACUUGGUUUGUGGAGACACCGGAUCGGUGUAUGGCUGACAAGACGCGGCAGCGUUGCGAGUUGUUCAUGCGGAGUAUUGACAUCAACCACGAAGACCUUUUUUCCAGCACUUAUAUGGUGGAAAAAAUGAAAUUGAACGCGACGAUUCCACCGGUUGAGUUGGUUGCCUUUUAUAUACUUUAUUCGAUGAAGGAGAGGGAGACAGUUCAGCAGUACGAGUUGCUUUCCAACACUCCGGUUGCACUUUACGCAACUGAUACAAACGCAGUUGUGUUGCUUCUUAUGGCACAGGCUCGUCUGACGGCAGCUAUGAAUGAUCUUGAUCGCUUCAGCACCAGCCUGGAGCGCGCUCUUUAUAUUCUUCGGUAUCCCUUCCUCACGUGGGGGAGCCCUUUAGAUAUAUUCUGGGAUAGUCUAGUGGAUAUUGCCCACUACACUACAUUAGUUCUUUAUUCACUGGUACCUGUUUUGCUGAAGUCACAGGGAGAGAAAACAGGCGAAUGGCGAUUGGAGAUUCUAAAAAUUGGAGAACGACUUGCAGUGUUGCACCCUCUUUUGAGAGAGCACGCUAGUGCGGGAAGUGGAGUUUAG